GCACCCGAGCGAUCAGUGCUAUCGACUAUCGGGUUAGCCGCUCAGGGACGACCUGAAGCCGCACCAGGGGUCCCGCGAUUUCGUCCAUCGUCUGCGCAGUGACCGAUGCCACGCCAGACAUCACCCCGAUCCCCGUUCUCACCCCAAGUCCUCGGCCGUGAGCCGCAACGAGCCGGCCGCAGUCUCUCCGCGCACCCAGAUGACGAGCCUCGCUAGGCCGGCGGCAUGUCUGCUUCCUCCCCACUGGCACAAGCUCGACCGGCUGCUGGGAAUCCGUCGCACCAUAUAGAAGGCCCCUUGGGUUCCUCUGCCCCGUCCCGUGAGCCCUCGGUGACACGCGGUCGAGCGCUGACUACCUCGUCUCGCACCAUUUCGCCGCGCUCGCAAACGCCUGCCGUCGUCGUGCCCAGCAGCAACUCGAGCCCCGACCGGAGCAUUGAACGCAAGCCCUCGCUCCCCUAUGCCCACAACCGCCAGACCUCCAUCGUACAUGGCAUCCAGCAUUCCCGGAACACGAGCUUCGUGAACUCGCCCGCCACCAGCCCGCUGAGUCCGCACGUCAUUGCCGCCGCCGGCGCCCCUCUCGAUGGAACCGCCAUGUCACAGGAGAGCAUAGCCGAAGCCCUCGUGGGGAAGGGAGCACACGCCGGUGGCGCUUCAACGAAUGGAUAUGCCGCCGGAGGAGCAACAGCAUCAGCUGCCGGCGAUGGCAGCGCUGCCCAGCGGAGGCCGGAGAGGGCACAGAGCGCGCGGUCGCGAAAGGGCGGGCAGCACCACCACCACCGCUCUCAGUCUCGUCACCACCAGCACCAUAGCGAGCUGAAGACCGUGGGCGAGUAUGCCCUGCACCACCUGUUCAAUUCGUUCAUCAGCCAGGCGGAUUCGAAAAUUAACCAAUGCAUGACCGACCGCGGCCAGCCCGAAGCCAGAGUCGAGCUCGUUUGUGGGCCUGGCGUUGACCCCAACUUCGACCAGCUCAUAUCCGCACUCGGCCACAUCGCGCGCCACAAGCCCAAGCCCCCGAUAGACACAAUAAUGCUGUGGCGGAAGGACAAAAGCGACAAGGCAGCCGGGGCGCGGAUGCACCUUGCAAAUGCCCGACAAGCGACGUCGCUGCCCCCCUCCGUGCUGCCUCGCCGCAACACCGAACCACUCCAGCACUCGGACGGCCACGUUGCGCCGCCCGCCGCGGCAGGGCCCGAGCAGAUGAUUGCCCUGCAACACUCAGUCAUGCAGGCCGAGCAGCGCUCAACCGUCUCUACCUACAUUCUCUGCCGGGUGUUGAUAGAGAUCAUGACGCAGACCGAUCUUCAGAGUCUCACUACUGACAUGGCCGAGCGCCUCCUGAGUCUAUUUUAUGGGCAGCUAAAUACCGUCGACCCCGACCGGGUAGAGGACUCCCCCCUUAACCACGCAAAUUGGGUCAUUUAUGGUCAGCUGCUGGGCGUUCUUAGCGAACUCAUAUUUGAUAGUGUCCAAGAGAAAUUCAUCGCCGACCUCCGGGUCGUGGACGCUCAGUCUUCGGUAAAAGGCCAAUUCAACAGGGACGUCGAGUCGAAAGGGGCUUUGCUUGUGCGAGGGAUGCGCUACAUGAGAGUCAAGACAUAUCCUGGAGAUGCUUGGGACCGCACCUGCGAUUUCAUGCUGUCGCUCGCAAAGCUCUUUGCCAAUGUGCAUGGACAGAUGAUCAAGUACGCGUACUGCCAGGUUCUGAGGGAGCUACUAAUACGGAUCGCUUCGAAAACCACCAUCGAACUCAAUACACCGAAAUGGAGGAGUGUAGUCGAAACGAUGAAGCAACGAUGUUCGCUUCUCCUCAGCAAGCCUAAGCACUGGCAGGAAGCAUAUCCGCUUAUGUCGGCCUUACUCUGCGUCUCGCCUGCGGAGACCUUCACCACUCAGUGGUUAUCGCUUGCCCUGUCCACACAGCCAAGAUUAAAAGAACGCGCGACGAGGGCGAUCGCUCUAAGAGGCAUUUGUCAGCUCGUAUGGACAUAUCUUUACCGGACCUCGACCGACUCUCCGAACGUCGCGGUACGGAGGCUGGAGGACAUUGUUCGCAUGGUUUUUCAGCCCGGCAAACGGUCCUAUCUCUCCACGGAGCCCGCAAUUGCGGAGCCUCUGAUACAACUCGCCCGGAUCAUUGGCUUCAAGUAUCAAGAUCUGUGUUUCAGGACCAUCAUCUUCCCGCUGUUGAACUCUGACAUGUUCACCUCGGGCCGAGACCUGCGGGUGGAGAACUUGGAGCCUGACCGCAUGGUCAUUGCUAUUCGAUCGUUCCUUGCGAUCAUGGCUGACUUGGAAAAGGCCGAACAACCGCCAUUCCCUAGUUCUUUUGAGUCGGACCCAAAUGCAUAUACCACCGACCUACCCGCCCUUCCAGUCAGCCCGCGACCUCUGCAACACAUGUCGAUCAAGUCGUCUCUGCUCAAAGAGGAGCGGCUCUCGCGGCCUGUCAACUUUACCGGAUUCGCUGAAGUUGCUAAAGAGUACUACAUACGAUUCUGCAAGAUACUGGGAGAGAUAACCAUCAUCUGCGACAAUGCCUUCGGCGGACAGGCGGUCCUGGACGAGAAGUUUUCGCUACAAACGCCCAAAACUCCCAUGUCUGAGGCGUUCAGUUUCGGACGUCGGGACGAUCACCAAGCCUCAACAGAUCCUCGUCAAGGCUUCUACGACCUCCUGCAUGUUGCGGUGCAAGCCUUGCCGCGCUGCUUAUCCCCCCAUAUUCCCUUUAACUCUCUCAUCAAUCUUCUUUGCACUGGAACGGCUCACGUCCAGGGGAAUAUCGCCUUGUCAUCUGCUCAGUCUCUGAAGUCAAUUGCGCGGCAAUCGCAUGCUCAGCAAGUGACAAUCGGGUUCGCUAGAUUCAUAUUCAAUUUCGAUGACCGCUAUUCCACCAUGUCCGACGGUGGAAUGUUGGGCCCAGGCCACAUCGAGAGCACUCUGAAGUUGUAUGUCGAGUUACUACAGAUAUGGAUAGAAGAGAUCAAGCAAAAGACUAGAAAAGCCGCCCUAGACACCCCGGACGAUGGGUCAGGCAACAGGGGCGUCCAGCUGGACCUUUCAUCAGUCUGGGCGCACGUCGAUGAGGUCGAGUCUCAUGGCCUCUUCUUCCUGUGCUCGCCCUCUUGCCGGGUGCGAGCAUAUGCUGUUACGGUUUUACGACUCAUCACCGAGUUCGACACCGCACUUGGCGGCUCAAGUACAAGAAUCAUAAGGGUGAUGGAGGGAAGUCCGCAGAAGGUCAUGGAUAUCAGUGACGAGAAACUCUCCCUCGCUGAAAGGAGCCGUCUCCAGCGUGGUAUGCGGAAAAGCAAUGUCCAAAGCACCCUGGUUGAGCUCUGUAGUAGCGACGUGCCUUACGACGCUACGCUCUGGUUCAAGAUCUUCCCUAACCUCGUUCGCAUCAGUUUUGAGGUCUGCCCGUUUGCCGUUACCCUCACUCGCGAUAUCGUUUGCGCUAGGCUCUAUCAGAUGCACCGGACAUUACUCUCGCUCACGGAAGGACCCCGAGCGAGCCCGUACGCUACUUUCGAUACCAGCACAGGAAAGACCAGCAGCCGCCUUGCAACAACAUCGCCUGAAAUAGUCAUCGAACAAUGGAAGCUCUACCUUAUCUUUGCUUUCACGACAUUAACCAACCUCGGCUUCAGCACGCAAUCGGCCCAUAGCCAGAUGGCGCAUUCCAGAAAAAGUUCGAAGUCGUCACAGAAGAGCGCAAACAAGGUAUAUUCUGCCGGCGAGCUUUUCGCGAAGGUCUUGCCGUUUCUGUCAGUGGAUAACACCGCAAUACGAGAGGCCGCAGUCGUGGGCCUAGGUUCCAUCAACAUCAAUCUAUACCGCACACUACUCGAAUCACUGCAAGGCCAUGCUGCAGCUUGCGCGGAAGAAGCCAAGAGCCGUUUGGGCAUGCACAAUCGAACCAUCAGCAGCCCUCGCCGCAGCCGUCGAACCGACCAUCUUCGAACUGAGAUCACCCAUGUUUACAAGCUUACGUCCCAUUUUCUCAAGCUGCCCGAAGCAUACAGCGACGACUGGAUUCUCAACAAUCUCGUAAACUACACCAAAGACCUCCGGAUCUUUCUAAGCGACGCCGAGGUACAAAACGAGUGGGAUUUUCAAAAGCUUCGCACCCAUUACUGCGGUCUUAUAGAGGUUUUGUUUGAAGGGAUCAACAAGACUAGCGAUCCCCUCCAAUGGAUGCCCUUCCAAGCUCGCAAGGCGGCGUUUACCCUGAUGGAGGAUUGGUGCGGAUACUCAGCGAACCAGACACAGAUUCGUCAACGAGAAGAGAACAUGAGACGAUCCAUGCUUGAUCGCGAAGCGGAUCUAGGCAACAAGGGCAUAGCGACGGCAGCAAUGGAAAUUGAGAAACGAGAUCUACGAACAGCUGCUCUCAGCGCUAUGGCCGCUCUUUGCGGCGGCCCGGUCAGCAUAACAACUGAUAGCAAAGUCCUGCUCCAGUUCGACGUUCGUCGUAUGCUCUCCUGGAUUGACAGCAUCUUCGAAACUCCUAGCGAUCGGACUCACGCCAUUGGCCGCCGAGCGUUGACUAACCUCAUUCUGCACAACCGCGAGCACCCCUAUCUUCUGGACCGAGCCAUCGAGAUGUGCUAUCUCUCAAAAUCAUCCAAAGCACUCGAAAGCUACUUCGAGGUCGUCACCCGGGUUCUCACUGAGCGCGAGGAUUACAAACUGCCGUACUGGAAAGUGCUGAGCGCCGGCCUCUACACCCUCGGCCACGAAAACAACGAGUUACGUAUGAAAUCCGCACGCCUACUGCGCACGCUUGAAGCCCGCGAGCAGAAGAACUCCAAGCUUCAGGAUUUGGACAUAAGCAUUUCCGACAAGACUAUUGCUGUCUACAAACUAGCCCAAUUCGAGACCUCCAGGCGACUUGCUAAGCAGCAUUCGGAGCUUGCUUUCCUUGUCUUCUCUCAAUUCUCAUAUUAUUUCAAGGAGUUACAGCCCGAUCAUCAACGUAACAUGGUUGCUGCCAUGUUACCAUGGGUGCAAACUGUGGAGCUCCAGGUAAAUCCGGAUGGCGGGCCUACCGCUACCUCAUACAUGCUCCUCGUCAACCUUUUUGAAAUCACGGUCCGCUGUGGCAACGCACUACAUAACGAAAUCCAAGCACUCUGGCAAGCUCUGGCAACGGGGCCGCACGCUGGCAACGUACAGCUGAUUUUAAACUUCAUCAUCAACCUCUGCUUAGAAAAGCGAGAGCAAAACUAUGUGGACUAUUCGAAGCAGAUUGUAGUUCAUCUAUCGAGCACUCCGGCAGGUCUGAAAGUGGUCGAGUUCUUGCUGCUGCAGAUCAACCCGCGAUCCAUGGUCGGAGAGAAGCGCGAACCUACUCCCCCGCCUCCAGACGCUGACAAGCUUCCAUAUCUUGCUGAUCUAGGCGCUCUGCUGCCUACCAGCAACAAGCAGUCUGGAUUCGCCCUAGGUCAGAUUUGUCUCAUACUGCUUGUGGAUCUCAUGGUAUCUCCCGUCCAGCUCGCCAGCGAACAUGUCCCUCUACUUCUUCAGGUGGUUCUAGUUUUGUGGGACCAUUAUACUCCCGUCGUUCAGGACCAAUCUCGGGAGAUGCUUGUUCAUCUCAUCCACGAGCUUGUCAUUUCAAAGAUUGAGGAUGAUACGAGCGGCAUCGAUAAGAGGUCGAUCGAAGACUUCAUCGAUAGCGUGCGACGGCACGAUACGAAAGUUGUGUGGAACUACGACGACAAGAACGGAAAAUACGCCGAAGAUGCGGGCACAAGGGUACCCGAGUCUAUGACAUACGUCGCCGAUGAAGUUCUUCGAUUCUUUUCUCUCGCUUACCCAGGUCUAAGGGAAGCGUGGGGAAAAGUGGCUCUAAAUUGGGCCACGUCAUGUCCGGUACGCCAUCUAGCAUGUCGAUCAUUCCAGCUAUUUCGAUGCAUCCUUAGUACCUUGGAUCAGCAGAUGUUGUCCGACAUGUUGGCAAGGCUCUCCAAUACCAUUUCGGAUGACGAGAGCGACAUUCAAACCUUUUCGAUGGAAAUUCUGACGACGUUACGAACAAUCAUCGAAGCCCUGCAGCCUGAAGACCUCAUCCAAUACCCACAGCUUUUCUGGACUACCUGCGCUUGUUUGGACACCAUCCAUGAAGGGGAAUUCGUAGAGAGUAUGCUCAUGCUGGAAAAGUUCAUGGAUAAGAUUGAUCUAGGAGAUUCUACUGUCCUCCACAUCCUAGAGGACAAUUGCCCCGAGAAAUGGGAAGGACAAUUCGAAGGUCUUUCCCAGCUCAUAUACAAGGGCAUCCGGUCCAGCAUGUGUCUAGAUCGCUCACUCCGCCUGCUCGACCGACUAGUUGUUCUGCCUUCCAGUCGCAUAGUUGGUGACGAAAGUCGGCUCGUUUAUACCGUCCUCGCGAACCUGCCCAGGUUUCUGCGAUCCUUCGACCAGGGUGCCAAGGAUCCAGCCGUCAGCACCAGCGCUGAGCUCCUGGCCCAAGUAGCAGAGGAUUACCAAUGCGAUAACCUCUCUCAAGCAUUGACCGCUUUCGCCAAGAAGCGGUACAGGAAUGACAAAGACUUCCUCGCGCAAACCAUCUCAUCCAUUCGGUCAUCCUUCUUCCCCGAUCUAGAAUUUGGGAGUCUCAUCUUCUUACUCGGUCUUCUUGCGAACAAGCUUGACUGGAUGAAGAUCAACACGAUGGAGGUUUUGUGCGUUAUCAUACCAGAGAUUGACAUGCGGAAACCAGAGAUUGCCAACAAAGGGCCGGAUCUCAUCUCACCACUACUGCGUCUUCUACAGACGGAACUCUGCCCCCAAGCUCUCAGGGUACUAGACUUCGUCAUGAACUUCACAGGUGGCCCGGUACCUCUACAAGUGGAGCAUAUGCAUAUUCGCAUGAGCAUGGCUGGCUCUCAUACAAGCCGAGCUUUCAAGAAGCAGUAUGAGAAGAUGAAGUCGCUAUAUGGCGUUCCCGAAGAGACUGGCUGGUCAAUUCCCGUUCCCGCGCACCACUCACACUUAACGAGGGCAAAUGUGCACGCUGUCUUCUACACCUGCGGUAACCUUGAGGACAUCGAUGCAGCGCAAGUCACAACACCCAAGAUAGAGUUCCGUCAAGAAGAGUUCCCAUUCAGCCCUCUUUCCGACUACCGCACAGAGACAAUGACCUCGGAAGAUACCCGUGGUGACAGCCACAUCGGAGAGCUGGUCAUGAAGCUCGACAGCCUGGAUGACUUCUUUGAGGAUGACGACGACACGGAGACCUUGACCGACCUACCCAACAGCUCGGUAUUCGGCACCAACCGGUACGCGAACGGAUCCUACUCCAAUGGCACGCUCGACAUACGGGAAAAUCUCUAUGACCAGCAAACAGCGCCCAUUCUCCACAAGUCGCUCAACCGCAACGGAAGUGUCACGUCUUUCCAAUCCGGCUUUUCCGACGUCAAGCUAUCCCCGGCACGUGAUCCAGGCGUGAUGACCCCCGCAGCCUUCAGUUCUUUCUCCUCCGCGCCAACCGCAGUUAGUGCUGCGGCUGUUCCUCCCGUCCCUCGUCCUGGCCUCCACUCUCGCUCCGUAACCUCGCCCUCGGCUCCAAAUCAGGUCCCACGUCUCUCACCGGCUCUCUCAUCUACCGCUCUCGACGAACACGGUGAGCCCUUCUCAGACGAUGAUUUCGUCACUGGCCGUUCUAGCAGUAGUACUACAGCCCCCGACAAGACCUUUAGUCUGGAGAACAUGAUCAGGCCAUUGACGCAGGAUACGAGGAGUAGGAUACGGAGUGGCAUGCGGAGGCUGACGGGGAGCAGCAGCGAUGCGAGGGAGAGGGAGAAGACGAGAGAGGCAAUCAAGCUGGCGCUUCAGAAGAGCCCUCAAGUCCCAAAGGUGCCCGAUAUUUAUCUGGUCCAGCAGAAUCCGAAGAGUGCCGAUCCUUGAGCGCGGCGUUGGCGUGCUAUCUGUGUCGAUUUUAUAAUGGGAGGUUGUAUGUACGGCGCAGGACACCUCGCAAAAUGUUGUUAGUAUGCGCGAUCUUUGGGGAGGCGCUUUCAUAUGGAGGCAUCUAUGUUGUCACGGAUGGAGUGGGAGCAGGGUCGCUUUUCAACAUCAUAGAUGCGUGGGUAGAUACCAACGCUCUUUCGCGAUACCAGAUCUAUUAAUGCAAAAUCAGGGGUUCAGGCCGUCAUUCAUCCACCC